GUGUCUACCUUUACGCCGCUAAAACACUAACAAUCGUUAUUAAAUCUAAAAUAUUAAUGCACAGUCGUGGCCUUUAUUCAGCUAAGAUAAUUAGUGAACGUCCCGAAUGACCAUAACACUUAGGACAAGGGUUUUGUAAAUUCAGAAAUAAACUGCAAGUGUUUUCUUAUUCUACAGUUCUUUAAAUUACGUUUUUUAUGUGUUUUUUUAAAAAUAUUGUUUAUUUCUAAACAAAACCUUGAUCCUUAGUGUUAUAUUCAUCUGUGAGGCUCACUAUUUAUAUUAUCUCAAUGAAAAAGUCACAACAUUAAGUGAAGUUGACUAUCGUCAAAAUUCAUAAAUAUCUAAAUAACUUUUAAGCUACGUAAUAUCAGGCAACAUAUACGUAGGUUUAAUCAAUGCAUAUUAACUCUUCUAUCGGCCUGGUUUCGUAAGUCAGCGAUUAUUUUUACACCCUGUAUAUUAUAUGUGGAUAUUGAUAUAUUAUAUCGAAUUUGUCAGAUGCAUGUGUAUGUCAGUAUUAUUAUUCGAAGCUCUAUGGUUACACGAAAUGGAAUGUCCCACUGACAUAUUUAAAUAUAUAAUAUUAUAUUGAAAACUGAAAAAAGGAAACGAAUAACAGGUUUACGCAGGAUAUAAAAGAGUGAUUGGAAACGGGUCCCAAAUUUAUAAUUAAUAAUAUUUUAUAUUAUUUACGGUCUUUGGUUUUUAAACCCACGAUUAAGAUAUCAUCAUGGAUAUUUUACGGGUUUUAAUGGAAAGGACUUGGGUUUAGUGAAAGGUGUGAGGUUAUGGUGGCGAAAUUUAGCUGCCCGGCCAAUAAGAGAUUCCUUCAUAUGACAUUGUGCAGCAAUCAAAGUAGUUUUGAAUACAUCGUCAAAAUCAUACAUAGCGUGAAAAUGACACAUCUAUUGGACUAUUGUAAUAAUAAACAGCAAACCAUAUUACACAUGGCUAUUGUAAACGACCUGCCUCGAAUGGUCUCUUUACUUAUUGCAAAAGGUUGCAAUCCAAUGAAUAAAGACAGCGAGGGCGACAAUGCGGUGCACUACGCUGUGAGGAGCGAAUGUUGUUUAGAAGCAUUAUUGGACGCCAUCAAAAAUAACAAUGUUCGGUGCGAUUUGAACGACUGCAAUAACGAGAAGCAGACGGCGCUGCACCUGUCGACGAGCGGCGCGAGCGCGCGGCAGCUGGCGGCGCGCGGCGCCGACCCGCGCGUGCGCGACGCGCAGGGCCGCACGCCGCUGCACCUCGCCGCCUACGACGACAACUGCGACGUCGUCAGGGCGCUGCUCGAGUUCGUGUCGCCCUCGGAAAUAGACGUUGUGGACGGCUGUGGCAACACUGCGUUACAGAUCGUCUGCGGCGGCUCCGUUAAGAAGAACACUUUGGAAAUAGUAAAACUGUUGCUCCAAAAAAAGGCUGAUCCGAUGAAGCAAGAUGAGCACAACAUAUCGGCGUGGAAGAUGGCGCGCGAACACUCCGAAAUACGGGACGCGAUGAAGGACUAUGUCCCCGCCGCCGCGUACGAGGAGGACACCAAGUCGGAAAUGGACGAUGAGUUCGAAUCCGCUGAUGAGGAGGACUACCGGAUGGGUUCCGGAUCGGGCGCUGUGAGUCUGCCGGAGCUGGGCGCAUACGUGGAGGCGCUGAGCGCGGCGCUGGAGGCGCGCGGCGCGUGGCGCGCGCUCGCGCACCGCCUCGGCCUCGCCGCCGCGCUCGACUGGUGCGCGCGACAGCACGCGCCCGCGCGCACGCUGCUGCUGCACCUCAAGGAAUGCAGAAACGACAUAUCCUCGAAAACGUUGGCUGUAAUUCUAGAAGAUAUGGGAGAAUUAGAGGCUGCUUCAAUUAUAAGGAGACACAUAGAGUGACAUAUUUUGCGACCAAAGACUAUUAGUAGUAGGCAUUGUACUCGAUUAAGUUUCGUUUUUAAUGUUAGGAAAUCGAUUCAUAAGUGACUAAGGCUCACAAAAAAUGUACCAUAACACACGGGAAUUGUAACACACGAUAACACACAGAAAAUAGGCAACACACUGGAAAUAUUGUUAAAAUUAGUGCACACCAAAAAAGAGUACUUUAUUUUAAAUAAAAUACUAUAUGCACCAAUUUGUUUAUUUAACUCAAGAAAAAUAUUAUUAUAUCCUAAUCAAAAUAAUUAAUAUUAUAUAAUUAUAAUAAUAAUUUAUCCUUUCCCGACAGAGCUUUUGUCUUUCGGCAGGUGUGAUAAUAUUUUAUUUUACAAAACAUGGAACGACUAACUUCAAUCGUCUAAGUUUUGAUAUGUGGUCGCCAUUAUGAUAAUAUUUCCAAUGUAAACUAAGUUUAAUACCUUUCAUGUGUAUUACGUCACACAAUUACGUAACACACGUAACCCACGUGAACAAACACACGUGAAUAACAGAACCUAAAAUACUCGUAAAUUAAUUAAAUGCAAUGUAAAUGAGUGAUAAACUACACUAUAUCACAAUAUUCAUAUCCCUCUUAUUUGUUUUUAUACUUUAUAGACAAUUUUAGCUACUUACCAUGCAAAAUUACUUCUGAAAAGUCGCUAAAAACAAAGUACGAAAAAUAAAGUUCACCAAAGAAUUCCCGUUUCUACAAAAACUAAAAUGUUAGAUAGGAAACUGAUAUAUCAUUUUGAAAGUAGUAAAGUCGUCAUUAUAAAAUUACAUUUUCUUACGACGUAGUUUGGCUCAUGAAAAUUAUAGGUGAGGUACAUUUUUUUUGAGCCUUAGCCAACUUGUAUCUAUGUUGCGGUCUUCUCGUUGAAGCGUGUUCACCAGCAUGGUAUCAAAAAUGUAAACAAAUAUCGAUUUACUUAUUAUUCUUAUCUAUAGUAUAUAUAAUUCUAUGACUACCGUAACUAAUAGUUACUGUAGUUUUGAAGAGGUGGAAUAAAAAGGCCUUUAAUAAAAGUAAUUCGCAAAGGGGGUAGAUCUAUUUGUUAACAUUUGUGCUACAUGGUUGGUGAUCACACUUUAAUUGAAUUGUAAAAUGGUGCAAGUGCGAAAUUAUUUUUUAAUUGUACGUAAUAAAUGUAAUUUUGACAUAUUCUGAGGAAUUCAUUAUUGGAUAUUAAGAAUAACAAUAAUUAUUAUUUUGAAAUCAACGAAUGAAAUUUUGGUGAAUUUUAUUUAAUCAUCUUCUUUAAUUAUUGCAAUUGUAGAAGAUGCUAGAGUAAUUAAAUAGAUUAAUAAAAAAACUGUUGUAAUUUUUAACCGUGCUUUUUGCCUUAAUAGUCAUUUUUAAUAAUUUUCCCUCGCCUCAGUUUUAGUGUCAAUAUAAUAUUGUAACCAGUGAAACCAUCUCAUGUUAAAAUGACAUAAGCUCACGUUAGUACCCCUUAAAGUGUAGGCAGAAAUAAAGCAUCUGCAAACAUAGUUCGCCCAUUCUUUGUCAACGACGCGUCCUUGAUCGGGUAUCGCCUUGUCAGGCUAAAAGUCUAACCCCAAGUAACUCGCCUUUGAGUUGUUUUUAUUUUUAUAGUUUGCUGUUUGACUGCAAUAGGUCUAGGCGCCUAGUUUAUGUUAAGUUGAAUAUCGCUACAUUGUAUAAUAUGAAUUAAUAAUAUUAGGGCGGUAUUACUUUUAAGCUGUGUAAACUUUUUAAUAUGUGUUUUGUUACGUAUCGCCUUAAAAGAAUUGGAAAGGAAUGAUAACCGUCUUUUUUAUAUUUUUCACAAAACCAUAGACAAUGGUUGACAAUUUGUAAAAAGGCCUUCUGGUUUCGCGGUAUUUUAAUUAAAAGCGCGAAACAAGAAGGCGUGUUUACAAAUAAAACUCAACUGACUCUGAUGCACAUAGCCAGAUUUUUUUAAUAUUUUUUCGUAAUCAAAAAAUGAAAUUACUUUGACAUCGACUAAUUGUAAUAAUAUUACAAGCAUAUAUAAUAUAUUACACUUUUAAGUGUAAUCAUUUGACUAGUUAUGCUCCAAUUACUUUUUAUUAGACUUCAUAAUUUUACAAAGUUAUUAAGGUUUCUUUAAUUGUACAAAAAAUGCACAUCAAUAUUAUGUGGACAUUAUAUUAUUUAUCAGUGUUGCAUUAAACAUUGAUAGUGUGUUUUUUAAAUGUUAAAUAUACUUAUUUUUCAAUAUUUCGCCAUGAAUUUUUAUUAUAUCAACGUUUUUGAAUCACUUGGGUUUGAAUUGCUUAUUCUGUACUAAAAUACAAACCAUCAUUAAUAUUCUCAGCUUAAUUUGUUGUUAUAUAAUAGCAAAAAUAUGUACUUUUUUUUCGUAAUGGACACUUCAGAGAUCUAAUUAUUAAAGCUCAAAAACAGAACAUGCAUUCAUAGUUAUUCAUCCACGAAUUGAUACUGAAAUACAGUUUAUCACGAAGUGUAUUGCAUAUAUGCAUAUUAUAUUAUGAACUCGUUAACAUUGUAAUGUAAGUUUUUAGUUUCUCGUGUUUAUGCAA